CUCUGAUGUAGAAAAUUAUACGCAGGUCUAGGUUAUAUAUAAUUAUACAAGUAACGUUAUAACCCUCAGGCAACAAAGAAGAAUAACUUCAACCGUAAGAACAAGAGACGUUUAGAUGGAUAGAUCAACCAAUAUGGAUCAUAUCAAAGAGCCUCCUGGUGGAUGGGAAAAAAUGUGGGUAGAGGGACGAACACUGUGGGAUUUAGGAGAAGCAACUCCCAUUGUUGUUCAUCUUUGCGAAACGGGCUCUUUGCCUAAUGGAAGAGCUUUGGUUCCUGGAUGUGGAACCGGCUAUGAUGUGGUUGUGAUGGCAAAUCCUGAUCGUCAUGUUGUUGGUCUCGAACUUUCAAAAACCUCAGUCGAAAGAUCAAUAAAGAUGUUCUCUUCAUUCGCUAAUUCAAAACAUUUCUCCUUCUUGAAAGAAGAUUUCUUCACUUGGGAGCCUACUGAAAAAUUCGAUCUUAUUUUUGACUACAAUUUCUUCUGUGCCUUUGAACCUAAAGUUCGACCUCUAUGGGCAAAGCGUAUGCAAGAACUUCUGAACCCUGGUGGAGAGCUUAUAACAUUGAUGUAUCCUUUAACUGGUGGAACACCUGGUCUACCUCCUUACAGAGUAUCAGUCUCAGCCUAUGAGGAGCUUUUGAUUCCCUUAGGAUUUGAGCUGAUCUCUAUUGUUGAUAACGAACUUGCUCCAGAUACACGCAAGGGAAUGGAAAAAGUUGGCAGAUGGAAGAAGAAGUCAGUGUGAUGAUUCCUCCUUUACCGUCGCAUUCUCAUGGCAUCUGCCUCUAUGAUCUAUAUACGUCAAUAAACAUUUACAUUUUUAUGUUUCCUAGUCAGAACCGAAUGUACUAUUUACACGUUUAAAAAUAACUGUCUUUGACCGUCUUAAAGGGCGGAUAUAUUUUUUAUUUUAAUUUAAUUCUCAUAUUUGUGUUUUCUUUGUGGUUAUAUUUGUAUUUUUCUUUGUAAUCAUACUUGUGUGUAAAUCUUAAUCAAAAUAUAUUUUAUUAAAUAA